AUGACAGAGGAGAUCGCAGCAGAAUCUGGGUCAGAAGUGUCUUUGAAUAAUGUGAGCUGUCAAAAGCAAUAGAAAACAUUCAAGCAGUUGUUACUCAGCCUACAGACCUUUAGUUAAUUUGACUACUUCGUAUGUUUCAGGUACCAGUCGUAUACAUUGACAAUGCAGAAGAAAUCACGUCGGAUUCCUCUACACACGAGGUAGGUGUAAUAUGGUUUAUUCAGAAGAGAUUUGUGUGGUUGGAAAAUGUUCAAGUGGAAUUUGUUAAAUUAAUGUAUUUGAUGUGUAUACAGUUGUUAUUAUAGAAAGUGAAAAAGUAUUCUGGAAGUGGCCUAAUCAGUUAUCAGACCUCAUUGAUAAAGAUAAUGGCCUAAACAUUACGCCUCCAUAGGGUCCAGGCAUAAACGAGGCCACCCCAUCCACUUCCAAAACAUGGGACAGAGAGGUAAGGUGAUUACACCCCCCAAAAAAGUGUUUGCCAUAUAAGGUCUGAUAUUUCUACAUUAUGAAUACAAUGUAUUGAGAAAAGAAUGGGUGUAAUGGCAAUAAAAAUUACACAUUUUGUUAAAUCUCAAUGUUUUUAAGGGGGACAAACCAAGAAAGCCCUCAAAUGUCAAAGUGAAGGACUUGUAUAUGAAAUACUUGCAACAGGAGAUCGACUACAGGAGAUUAAAAAUGCAAAAGAUGUCCUUGGAGAUUAAAUUACUUAAGAAACAAUUAAAU